ACUGGGCUGAGCCGCCUGCGGCUCAGCCUGAGGGGCUGCGCCAGCCUGGAGGACGGAUUCGACCCCCUGUUCGCGGCCGUGGCGGCGCAGGAGGCGCUCUCGGAGCUCCACCUGGACCUGUCGGACUGUCCGCAGCUGACCUCCGUGGAGAAGCUCGGGAGCGGCCUCGCGUCCAAGGAGGGACGGACUCACAGAUAG